UGACAGCCAGCACAUAUGGCAAGCACUGCACGCCAUGGUUGCGUUUGAAAUCCGGGGUGAAAUGUGCCACGUCCUGCCGGAGCCAAACCCCAAGGAUCGACGCUUCCCGUUCUACUGGUGCUACUCGUUCAACAACACGUCCAAUCUGCGUUUGCUGCUGGUGCUUCUCUUCUGCUACGUGGCUAAGCUGGACCCAUGGCGUAAGCUGGACAAAGCACGGCUGAACUCAGGGUCAACGUGCCCUGAAGAAGCCGUUGAUCCCAGCACAAAGUUCAUGAUCACAUCUCUGGAGGAAACGAUACGACAAAGAUACGAGGGCGCCCUGGCUAGACUGGCUACUGCUCAGCUUCUGGCUCAGACUCGGUCUGUGAAGGGAACUAGGCGAUUGCGUAACCCCAGCCGCAGGGAAAUCACCCGUUCAACAACGCCAACUCCCGGACGAGAAUCACCUGUGGGUACCAUAGCGCUCUGUGGGAAAGAGCCUCAGACAGCUGCUUCUGGCAAAAGUAUCCCUGACAUGACGGUGAUCAACAUGCAAAGUGCUGAGGACAGACCAGGCGUACCAGCCGAAAGGGUGCCAGCCAAAAGCGAAUCCCUCGUCCAGAAACGAUUGCAAGUGGAAAAGGAUGACCGCCAACUUGCAGCGAUGAUUGACCAAGAGUCAGAGCAUCAGGCACAGAUAUCAUCAUCACCCUCGUCACCAUCCCAUGACAAUGAUAGCAGUGAAGAACAACAGCAAGGAGGUAGUACCUAUCGGCUCACUGAUCACCAGCAGCCUCCUGUGUCUGCCCGUGAGCAAUUGGUGAAGGCAAGGAGUGUGCUGUCAGGUCCAACAAGGGAGGCACGGCGAAAAUCCAUCGACCGGCAUCCCACUGAGCAUGAGGGAAUUCCCCCGCGGCCCAAGACACGAUUGCUGGAACAUAGCAGUGAGGAUGGGAAAGCUGGGUAUCCCGGAAGGCCAGCAGCAGCACACCCUGCAAGGAGUAUACCCGCCUAUCAAGGCAAUGCUGCUCAACAAGGCCACGACGCGCGCCAGCGAGUCACUCGGCGCAACACGCCGCUACCACCGCGAGGUUUACAAGAAUGGCAGGGAAUGGAUUAUGUCGACGCGAAGCUGGGACAGACGGCAAUCGCCAAAGUGCGUCAGCAUGCUGCUGAGCCCAUGACCGGCAAGGAUGUCGCUGCCUCGUUUCCCAGCAAUGGCAACACCAUGCAUAGACCCAAGUUGACCGCUCCACUGGGAAAACAUCAGCCGGUCGAAUCCAGUGAUACCAGUCAAGGUGAAACUGCACAUCCACCCACUUGCCGGAAAGCAGCUGCUAGCUUGCAAUCUCGCCACACACAGUCCAAGCCUGGAGGUCAUGUGAUCCCACAGGUUCCGUCCAGUGAUGUGGAGAGUGAAGUGAGCACGCUUACAGAUGACACGCUGUCACAUCGCAUUCCCGGCUCUUCUUCGCGCCACCGAUCACAGAGGCAGCGCACAGACGUUGAACAUCGCCAGCCAUCACACAUGCAGCACGCUGCAUUGCCUCUUUGGGAGCAUGAGCCGGUCGUGAGUAGAGACCCAGCGCCGGAACUAUCCCAAACGCACCAGGAAAUGCAGGAAGUGCGACAACGCUUGCACGCCCGAGAUUUGGCUGAACAGCAGGAGUAUGCCAAACUGAAAAGCAAAGUGUGCGAUCAGCUUCACCUCGAGUGGAACAACGGCAGGGCCCCGCCAGCCAGCAGCGGAAAGCCCAGGGCAUUGCCACCACUGGAGCCUCGGCCUCGAGCAGCAAAACCGGCCCAUCUUCGUGCUCCGCCUGUUGACGUUGGAGUCGACAAUGAGUCGGAACUCAGCUCUGGGCCUGUGGCAGGUGAAGUCAGUGAUCAGGAUACUGCUAAGCAACAGCAGCCUGAGCUCUUAGAGCAAGCACCAGCACCAACCUCUCUGAAUGCAACUACGCUUGAGCGACAUGAAGCUUACCAGCGAAAGCAAGCCCAAGCUCAAGCUGCACUGGAUCCCACCGCAGUCGAGCAGGAAAAACAGCAACAGCAGGAUGUCCAAACCCGAUCGUUUGAUGAGCCGGCCGGCAAAACCAUUGUGAAGAAUGGGAGUAUCGUGAGGACCGUCCACUAUGAGCCGCACACCGACACUCAAAUGCGGAAGACGAUCACCGAGACGGACAACGCCAGCGGCAACACGCUGAGCAUGCAUGUUGUCCUGCAGGAGCUCGGCGAUGACGCUCCACAUUACCACACAACGGACUACAGGUACCGUGGCUCCGAGGCUAGCUAUCAUGGCCAGCGUCCUGUCAGAGAUCAUUCCUACAUGUACUCUCAAACAAACGGAUUUGGUGCUCAUGAGCCAGCCACCACCUCAAGCUCGGCUUCUCUACGACAGGCCAGUGCGUCUAGGAAUCCUACACGAGUACAGCAGCUGAGCAGUGCUAUGCAUACAGAUCCAAGCACUGCCGACAGCAGCAGUCGUUUGAACAAAAUAGCCACGGGGUCAACUUUGGCAACGGCAGCAGCAGCGCGUGAAGCGGCCAGGGCAGCAGAUCCACCGGUGAUGUGGCUGCCAAAGCGUCAGCACCAUGGAUUCAACAUGAGUGGCACGCGCGUGAAGGACUGUACAGAGCAAAUGGAGCGUGUCAGUGAGUACUUCGGAAAACAUGGUGCGGAGACCAGCCAGCAGCCGGCAUUGCAGGACAUGAACGAUUUCCAGACCAUGACGGGAUCAACAGGGCAGCCCAUAUCCAGCAGUAGGUCAGCCUACGAAGAGAGGAGCUCCUCGUAUCAAACACCGCAGCAGCAGCAUGCGAAUGGGAGGCCGUUCUUCUCUGCAACAAGCGUGGGGUCACGAGGUCGCCGGUAUGCCGGUACUGGUGACCAGAGAAGUCGCCCCCUGAAAGGUGGUACUGGCACGGUGCGGAAUACCGGCAGCAAGGUCGGCGAUGCCAGUGGCAAGUUUGUUGCACCCAAGCAGCGCACAGCAGGUGGAUCCAACGUUCCUCUCUUUUCAGGUGUGGUAGCGUACACGGAUCCGUCAAACAAAUCCAACCGACAGCUGAUUCGCAAUUCCAUAAAGCAUGUGUGUCUGGCUGGCUUGACGAACCAGAAGCGCUGUACAGAAGUACUUGAGACUCUAGAAUACAGCCUGUGUAAGCACUUCCUUGUUCUGGUGAGAGAAGUGCCCGGCUGCCAGUUCCGUGCGCUAUAUGAGGUGGACCAAGGUUGGAAGAUCCGCAAAUUAGUGGGACGAGGGCCACUUGAAGUCCAAGUCAACAUGAUCGACAAGCUGUACAAAUACAACUCUGGUGCAAAGGCAUUUGCACUCAUCGAAAGCCGCACUCUAUCAGCCAGCAUAGAUGCAUUCUCUCUCAACGCUGUCUUCUGGAAAGGCAAAGCCCCAACAUGAACGCCGGAGUUGAAUACGAAACAAGCCCAGGGUGGAUAACUUCUCUUUCAAUGGUGCACCUCUCCCUGAGAUUUCAUAUUGGAGUAGAACUGAACUGUUAUCAAAUUGGCCGUUGAAUGUCCAAACGAGGCCCAUUGCUUAUCCAUGUUCCUUGACCCAACCUGAAUUGAAAUCAGUACAAUGCAAUGCAUGUAGUCACUUGAGCACACCUCUGCAUUUAUACGUACAUAAAACCUACUCCAGCAGACCUCCGGCAUCAACAAGUAGAUGCUCAUGACUACAGCAUUGCCACAUGCAAGCUUCGUCUGCGCUACCGUAUAGUAUACCCAUCCAAUCCUGACGGUUACACAGAAAGAUGUCAUCAGUGCUUCCCUAUGAGCUGUGCAUGUGUCUGAACGAUUGAUACAGAUUUUGUGGAUUCAGUCAAGUGAGUUACCGGCGUACAUGA